CUGAACAUCUAAAAUGAUUUUUAAUGUUUAUUUCUCAAUUCAUUUUGGGUUUUUUGAGAGUACAACAGAAUUUGUAUAAGUCAGGAAACUUCAAAAUUAUGCAAAACUGUGGUUAUUGCAUAGUCCUAUAGGUGGCAGUAAGCGUGUUGUCCCUUUAUAGAAGAGCACAUUUAAUUCAAGAGAAGGAGGAAAAUAACCUGCCCCUUUGAUACCUAAGACGUAGACGUUUUACUAAAGGUAGCGUAGCUAGCUCUUUUUAUGCUUUUGUAAAGAACAGACUUGCUCUGAUUCAUUUCACUCAGCUCACACUUUCUUAACAAAAUGAUAGCAAGUUGUAUGGGAUGAAAGGGGUGGCUGUAAGGAUGAGUAAUCUUACUGCAUACAAAGACAGACUUGUUCAGCAGAUGGCAGCAAGCCAAAGUUAAGCACUACAUGGAUGAAAGCUUUACUCAGGUGUGGGAAUUGGAAGGCUAUGUACUGAGGAUCUAAAAGCCCCACUCUAAUAAAUAAUACCAGAGAUCGCUUGAGUGGCCUCACCGCAUGUCGCGUAUCAAGAACACAUUAGACUCUGUCUCCAAAGCCAUUAGUGGGACAGUGAACACGGAGGUCUUCUCCAAGAUAACACGCCUCCGACCCAGUGCUACCUCCAUGGGCCAAAAAAUACAGGUGAAAAUGGAGAGCCCUGAGCCUGAAUCUGCUGUGGUUGUGACUGUGUCAGCACCUGUGCAUCUAAAACCCAAAGAGGAAGUGAAGGGCAAAGGCAUUAGCAGAGAUGCCCUCAAACUGCCAGUUAGCCCAGCCAUGCCCCCAGGAGCUGUGUCCACAACGGUAUCCAAACAGACCCUGCAGCGUUUCCAGCCAACAGCUUUCACCGUGGACAUGGAUGAGACCUACAACCACUUGGCUGAGCAUGUGAACACAUACUUUGGGAGCAGUAGCCAAGAGGAAAACAGGCCUCAAGGAAGGGGCGGAGACACCAUUGCGCUGCCAAGUGCCACUCUCUACAUUGGGACAAAGCAGUGUGUCCCUGUGCCACAGCCUGUGGCUCAGAAAGUUGACCCAGACCCACCCACCCCGCCUGCCCUUGACCAGACUGGUGUGGGCUCAAGUCAUCCAACCACAGAGUGCACUGUGCCUGCUAUCCCCAGCCCACAGAAAAAAGGCAUCAGCAAUUACUUGUCUUACAAGAGGCCCAAAAUGCAGGCUUUUAUGGGAAACUACAUUGCCCCUCUGAUUCCCAAGUUCAGGGCCGAUUCUGCAAAUAAGGACAAGGCACAUGAAGUGGGCAAGGCUCAGAACACAGAGCAGGUGGAAACCAAGGCGCAGGGGAAGGAAAAGGUCCAAAGUGUGCUCUCCCAGAAGGAAAAGAUCAAAGCACGUGUGAGUGUGGAUAACAAGACUAGAGCACUGGCACAGGGUAUAAGGAAAGUCAUCAAUAUGAAGAUCACAAUCAGCAGGGUGGAAGAGCUGAGCUACCACCUGCUGGAAUUCCCUGAGACUAGAGGGGUUGCUGUCACAGAGAAAGUAAUCCCAUAUUUGCUGCGCUUGCGUCAGUCACAGGACCCUAAUCUACAGGCUGCAGUGAGGCUGGCUCUUGCACUAGUGGGCUACACUGACCCCGUCAAGGGCAGAGGCAUUCGAGUCCUCUCCAUAGAUGGUGGAGGGACAAGGGGACUGGUUGCACUGCAGACUUUGCACAGGCUGGAGAGUCUCACCGGGAAGCCAGUCUACCAGUUGUUUGAUUAUAUCUGUGGAGUCAGCACAGGUGCCAUCUUGGCCUUCAUGCUGGGUGUGUUCCGCAUCCCUCUGCCUGAGUGUGAGGAGCUCUAUAGGAAGCUGGGCUCCGACGUCUUCAAGCAGAACCUGAUCGUCGGCACAGUGAAGAUGGGCUGGAGCCACGCCUUCUACGACAGCCAGAUCUGGGAGGACAUCCUCAAAGAGAGAAUGGGGGAUAGUAUUAUGAUUGAAACCACCAAAGACCCAGAUUGCCCAAAGGUCGCAGCAGUGAGCACCAUAGUAAACAGAGGGCUGCCGCUGAAGGCUUACAUCUUCAGAAACUACAAUUUCCUUCCAGGGGUGCGUUUCCACUACCUAGGUGGCUGCCAGCAUAUGAUGUGGCAGGCGAUCCGAGCAUCAUCUGCAGCCCCAGGCUAUUUCCAGGAGUAUGUUCUUGGGAACGACUUGCACCAGGACGGUGGCUUAUUAAUCAACAACCCAACGGCGCUGGCUAUCCACGAGUGCAAGUGUCUGUGGCCCAACACGCCACUGCAGUGUGUGGUGUCCUUGGGCACAGGACGCUACGAGGCCACCAGCAAGAGUGCCUCUGGUACCUCCACCAGUCUGAAGACCAAGCUCACCCAUGUAAUCAGCAGCGCCACCGACACCGAAGAGGUCCACACGAUGCUAGACGCCCUCCUUCCCCCAGACACCUACUUCCGUUUCAACCCUUACAUGAGCGAGGACAUCCCACUGGACGAGAACCGGCGCGAGAAGCUCAAUUUCCUGCAGGCUGAGGGCCAGCGCUACCUGGAGCGCAAUGAAGCCAAGAUGAAGAAGGCUGCCAGUGUGCUGUCUCAGAAUAAGAGCGCCAUCCAGAGGCUGGCCGAGUGGUUGCAGCUUAAGGCGGACAUGUACGACGGCCUCCCCUUCCACUCCAAACUGUGACCAUUGUCGAACCGUGGUGGCAGCAUGGAGUGUUCGUAAAAGCACCGUCUAAACUGACAUUGCACAAGCAGAUGACCCCAAGACCAUGAAUAGGUCAUUGGAUUAUCUCUGUGCAGCUCGCACUGUGCAGUCACUUUAGCAGCAGGCCAGUCUGAGCCACAGUUCUGUUGUUAAAAUGACGAUUCAGUAGCAAAGCUUAUGAGCAAAUUUGCAUGAUUUUGACAGGAACUGCAAGGUAAUGAAAGGCUCAUCGUGGGUACAUCCUAAUGUUUGCUGUGUUGAUCAUUCUCUCACCUGUCUCUGGUAUGUCCUAGCCAGGGCCAAUGAAGGCACUUUUUGGGAAGUUGAAGGUUUAUUUAAAUCAUUAAAGAGCUUGACUUGAACAUUUGGGUCAAUGAAAGGUUUUGUGUUGUCUGCCUAAAAAGGCACUUUUAACUGAUAGCAUAUUUUAUCUUCAUUGUUUUCUGUUUGUUUGUGUUCGGGUUCAUUCAGAAAUUGUUUUUAGUGUAUAAUUGUAGAAAUUAGUUGUUGUCUCAUUUGUGUCUCACCAAAGCCCUCUGUUGGUCAGUACUGUUUUAAAAGCAAACCAUAGUUACCUUCAGUUUAUUAACGUGCACUGUAAUUUUAAAAGCACUUGGAUAUUGUUUAUAAUUUAAGUGAUUGUGGGCUAAAAGAUUUCUUUACAGCUCUAACCUGGAUUUUUUUCUACUCUCAGUGGGAUGAUUGAGUAUAGGUCAUGUUCAACUUUGUUAUAUUUAAUAUUGUUAAAUGCCAUCACACAAAGCACUGUUGGGAGCAGCUUUUAAUAGAGUUGAAUUAUCAUCAAGUUACACAACACUAAACCAACUUCCUUAAAUGGGCCAUUGUGUUAACAGUUAUUGUAUAGUGUGUACUGUUGCAGCAAGAUUCCAUUUUAAAUCCUAGUACCUCAGUGUUUCAGAUGAUGAGUUAAAAUAAUGGUGAUUUUUGUUUUUCAUUUUACUGGUUAGGUUUCAAUAGGGAAAACAAAAUAAUUUUGCUGAUUGUAGUAGGUAUAUAUAUAUCCUCUACAUGAUGAGGACUUAAAUCCUCCAAUAAUAAUGUUAUUUAAAAUUAUUUGAAAUGAACAUGUUAAACAUUCAUCAUUGUCAUAUUCAAGAGUGAGUUUUCAGUACACAGUGGAACAUUAAAUCAUUGUAUGUAAUGAUGUUAUGCAAUUUACAAAAGUUCACAGAGUGCUUUAAUAAGAGCAACUCUUUAGAUUCUAUAGAGAAACAAAUGGCUCACUUCAGACUACAA